CCUCGGCCGGGUCACAUGACCGCGGGCCGAGCCGACUCCUCCUGUUUAGCCUUCACUCGGUGCAGUGUCGCCGCGCUGUGUUCAACAGACAUGAUAGGAAAAGAAGAGGUCUGUGGCGGGGUUAUCCUCUAUUAAAGCCAGUCCGACACCAGGAGAGAGAACUCAAGGUUUCCCCGAGCUGUCGAUGCUGGACUCCCUGAUCUCCCGGCAUUAGGAUCUGCGAGGCUGGGAGACGACUGACCCAACAUGAUGGCGUCCAGCGACGUAGACACCCGAGGAGAAGCUUCUUUGUUCUCCGACCAAAAUCCAUCAGAAAUGGACGCGCUGUGUCCGUCUCCUCCUGGACCCUCCAGGCCCCAACGACACUAUGAGAGGAUCGGAGGACGGGCAGGAACCUCUUUCUGUCAGACUCUUAUCCACCUGUUGAAAGGGAACAUCGGGACGGGGCUGCUGGGUCUGCCUCUGGCUGUGAAGAAUGCAGGCCUGGUGCUCGGACCCAUCAGCCUGCUGUGUAUGGGGGUGAUAGCCGUGCACUGUAUGAGGGUUCUGGUGAAAUGUUCCCACCACCUCAGUAUCAAGAUGAACCGGCCGUCUCUGACCUACGGUGAGGCGAUGCAGUACGGGAUGGAGAACGUGUCGUGGCUGAGGAGACACUCGCAGUGGGGGAAACAGACGGUCAACUUGUUUCUAAUCAUCACCCAGCUGGGCUUCUGCUGCGUCUACUUUGUCUUCCUCAGUGACAACAUCAAGCAGGUGGUAGAAGCAGCCAACGCCACCACCUUCAGCUGCCACAUGAACUACACCAACCAGACCCAGGUGCUGGUGCCGAGCUUUGACUCGCGUCUCUACAUGCUCUGCUUCCUGCCCGCCGUCAUCCUGCUGGUGUUCGUCCCCGACCUGAAGUACCUGGCGCCCCUCUCUCUGGUGGCCAACUUGGUGAUGAGCGCCAGCUUGAUCCUCAUCUACUUCUACUCGCUCACGAACAUCGCCAACCCCACCGAGCUUCCAAAAGUGGGCAGACUUAAAAACUACCCUCUCUUCUUUGGGACGGCCAUCUUUGCCUUCGAAGGGAUUGGAGUGGUUCUUCCCCUGGAGAACAAGAUGCAGAGGCCUCAGAGUUUCAUCCCGGUUCUGUAUUUGGGGAUGGGCAUCGUCACCUUCCUCUACAUCAGCCUCGGUACUAUAGGAUACAUGUGCUUUGGAGAGCACAUAGGAGGGAGCAUCACUCUCAACCUGCCCAACUGCUGGACGUACCAGGCGGUGAAGCUGCUCUACUGCUUCGGUAUUUUCAUCACCUUCGCCCUGCAGUUCUACGUCCCAGCAGAGAUUCUCAUACCACCGGUCGUGGCUCGCGUGUCAGAGAGGUGGGAGAGACCCGUGGACCUGCUGCUCCGCACCGUCUUGGUCAUCUUCACAUGCGCUCUCGCCGUCCUGAUCCCUGAGCUGGACCUCGUCAUCUCAUUGGUCGGCUCGGUCAGCAGCAGUUUCCUGGCGCUGAUCUUUCCUCCCAUCCUCCAGAUUAUAACUUUUCACACGGAGGGCCUGUCGCCACUGGUGACCAUCAAGAACAGCGUCAUCAGCCUGAUCGGGCUGGUCGGGUUCCUCACGGGAACGUACGUCGCCGUCGAGCGGAUUAUAGCCCGUAACGGACUUAAACGUGAAGAGACGUUCUCCUCCUUCAUGGUCCAGUGAUGACGUGAAAUGACUGUUGGCGGGUGCAGAUUACACACCCAGGCCAUUUAGAAAAACCAUUUUAGGGCACAUUUUUAUUGUUCCAUUUGCUGCUGUUGGAUAUGGCGGCCAUUUUUAGCAUUAAUCUAUCACAUGUUCAAUCAGUACGAAGAAGUUUCAUGUCACUGCUGAACUAAUGUCACAUCUGAUAUGCACCACAAACUGCCAGCUACACAUUUCAUCAAGUCCUGGAAACUAGUGCAAUCUAACGAUGACGCAAUAAUGAUAAAAUAGUUCCUUCGGGGAGCGUCAGAAGAAUUUAUCAUUUUGACAACCUGAAUAUAUUAAUGUUUAAUCAAACUACCUCACAAAAUGGUAUCAAUUUGGUCUAUCGGAACCUUUUUUAACGUCCAGAUUAGACUUGUCGCCCGAACUGCUUCUCAUGUCGAUCAUUUCGAGUUAAACCACCAACUCGUGUAGAAAACGAUCAACGUUUGUUGUUGCACUUUGAUUUAUGCCUUAUUCAGUAAACGGCGCAUUACUCUGACACGUCACACACACUUAAGUCAAGUAACUUUAACUUAUAAAUUACAGAAAGGGUUGAGUAUCCAAACUAUAGAUUUUAGGAGUUGUGCUUUUCGAUUUUGCUUAUUGAAUCCUGACAGCGAGGCGACGCGUGUGUCCGAGCAGAGCGUUUAGAAUUGUGCUUUAAGUGCGGAAGUAAAUUACGUUAGGGUCUCAAUCUCAUCAUUUUGACAUAUUUUCAGAACCAGUACGAGGAGUUUGCAUCGGUGCGUAACAUAAACAUGGUAAGAAAUAGUUAAGUUAAAGCAAAUUAAAAAUAAAAGCAAGCUAUUACAAAAAUCAAGAAACAUUAAAAUGUAGGAAAUGAAGUCCCAACUAUGAGAUGCACAUCAUGUAAUCAUGCAGAUAUUAGAGAGCAUGUUUUAAAUGAAUUAUAUACGGUUAAUAUUUCAUAAAGGGAGAAACGUUCUACUCUUCAUAACCGCCGGAACCUGAAAUAAUUAAAUCAAAGGGAACAUAUAUUGUUCAUGCCCGUGUGAUAUUUAUAUUUAAUUGAAUGUUAGAUUUUUAAAGGUUCUUUUUACUGUCUACAUAUUUUAGUUGCUGUUCUUGCACAAAGGAUUUGAUAAAACUCCAGAUUGAGAAGCACAAUGAGAAGCAACACCGUCUCCCUGAUACUCAACCAGAACUAAAUCUGUCCCGUUACUAACAAAGCGUUGAAUAAUACAAAUAUAUUAGACUUUAACAGCGUAGUUGUACCGUCUUUUAUAUAGGAGCUCUUCUGUGUAACACCUUUAUUCUAAAAGCCGAUUCUUUUUAUGUGUUUUUAUGUUUGAAUGUAUUUACUACAUUAACAGCGGGUUAUUUUUUUAUGAGCUUUUUUCUUCUUUUCUUCAACAGCAUGCAUUUUUAAGACUUACACGUAACCUUGAAAAUGUUGUUUUGCUUUAAUUACAGAGGCUCUGCAUGUAAUAUACUGUAAUAUGUAUGUAAUAUAAAACACUUUAAUUAUAUUCAUGAAAUCAAAGUCAUCCACACGAGCUGUUCGUUGGUUCUGAAGCUUCUGUACGUCUUCAGUGUUCGUGGCAGUAUAAAGACAGCUUGUUGUUAUUAAACAGAACGCUAUGAGCCUUAUGUGUAAAGGAUUUCUAUCAGCUGUUGUCUUUGAAUCACAGCUGAAGUUGUUUUUGUGUAUAUAUCAUUUGUUGCACAUGUAAAUGUCUGCACACGCAGUGUUUAAUCUUAUUUUAAAUACCCAUAUUUCUCCUAUGUAUGGAAUGUAUGUGCUAAAACUGGACACUUUGAUAGAAGGAUGAUGUGCAGCUACCCAAAGAAGACUAAUUUCACUUUCCUCCCUUUGAUUUAGGCCUGCAGCUAAAGAUGAUGUUCAGUUAUUAAUUCAUUAUUUUCCAAUUAAUCAACUGUUUAGAACCAAUGCCCGUUUCAAGUCCAACACGUCAUCCUUCAAUUGUUUUAAAAACAGUUUAAGAAGCUGUAACCCACAAAUGUUUGAUAUUUGUAUUUGAUAAAGUAAUUAAAACCGAAGACCCAUUUUCAAUUCUGCACUCUUUCAUUUCUUUAUUCCUUUAUAAUAAAUAACAUUCAAAAGUU